AUGGUUCUCGACCCGCUUGUCGACAGCACUCCCCCUCCAUUGUAUGGCAGUGCUAGAGAAGGCAGAGAUACCGAAGCAGAUGCUGAGGCGGAUGCGGAUGCGGAUGCGGAGGCGGAUGCGGAUGCUCGCACGGAGGCAGACGCGGGCGCAGAGGCUGCACAAGACCCAGAUGAUCGGGUUUGGCUCGAGGAUGGAAGCAGCAUGGCGAUGGAUGAGGGAGAGGUGGAUGCUUUGCCUCAAGAUGUCGAAGUCAGCGAGGGAGAUGGCAGUGCAAUACGAGGAACCGCGCGGAAGCGGGGUCGAGCUGCACGAGUUGAAAAGGACCGCUGGGGUUACGAAGUUCAUGUCCUCAUUCAUGAGACGGAUGUCCAUCAGCUUGGAGUGGCUUUCUGCAAAUGCUCAGCAGGGAGGCACAUACCGCAUGACCAGCAGCUGCUGCAGUUCGGCGGAAUUUAUCCAGCCACGAAGGAGAAGCCCCGUACUGGGUUCACACUCAACGGGCUUGCAUUCAUGGAGGUCGAUCGUCUCACCUGCCAUUCAACACCAGAUGCCAUGUACAGGAGGCUUCGCAGGCAUACAUCACUGUUGCAUCCUGACGCUGUACCGAAUUGUUACCCCGAGACCCUGCGGGUGCAGCGUGAAUAUGCAGUGACUAACAAGCUCACUAUCCCAGAGACCGAAACCUCGGCCAGUCAAGAGAGCGAAACCAGCUCUAAAGCCACCCAGCACUUCGGGUUUGACGAGACGAUCACAAACUCCGAACAAAAGCGUGCACUUUGA